CCUAAAACUAUACACUGUCAAAAUCUUACACUAAAGGACUGGAUUGCCAUCUUUCGAUACAUUGAUGCUCAUCCAGACUUACCACAAGAGCAUGUGGUUCAGUACUUCAAGAUGAAGCCACAGGAUGCACUUGAAUUUACACAGGCAACUCUAUCUCGAAAACUAAAGGAUCGUCAACAAUUUGAGCAACAAGUCAAUUCUCACCCAAAUGCUCUUUUGAGCAAGCAGCCCCGAGUUGUUACUCACCCUGAUGUUGAAGACACGUUCUGG